CAUGACGCGCAGGAAUGGCAUUCGGAUCGCAGGCGUGAUCGGAGCUGAUAGAUUCUCACGCGUACCGAGCGGCUCCUCCCCAUCUCCUCCGUGCCACUUUUCACUUUUAUUUUGUGUUUUGGUUUUUUUAGGGUGCGCAGGCGAGCUCAGACGACCUUGGGUCUGAACGGAGAAUGGUGGUUUAAAAGUUGGCACCGGAGCACCGGCGUUGCGCGACACGAGCUUCCUUCUCCUCAGAUGCGCUGAGAUUUUGUCUUUCCAGCGAGGCGGACGCGAUUGGUUUGAGAUAUUCUGCAGGAGAAGAUCGCUUGACUUUUGUUGUCGGACUCGCUGGACUAAAACUAAACCAUGCUUUAAUGGUUUUUAUUUAUUUUUUCUCCUCCCAAACCAGUUUCCCCAUUCAAACAGCUGUCAGUGAGUGAAGGUGUGUGCGCUGUGGGCUACUGGGAGUGAUGUUGGGUCCGAUCAACUUAAACAGCGCCAACGUUUAACGCUCGAACUGAUCCGUGUCCAGGUUUAUUAACAAUCUGCCGGAUAUUUUCACAAGUCUUUAAGCUCCACGGACCCAGAUUAAGUUUCUAAACCAGCUCCCGGACGUUUUCCAGCUCGCUUUAACUGGCUUUGUUUGUGUUCAUACGGAACCGAGUGCGCACCGAGGACGCCGAGGCCACCGAUGUAAAUAAAACUGAUCUGAAACAGGAUCGAAGGGGGACAAAAGGGAACCGACUCGAUCAUCCAGCAUCACUGCCUGUUUUUAAAGGAAGGAAUAAACGCAGAUCUUGAUUGUAGUGAUGCUGCAGUUGGAAAUGCUGCUGUUCGUCUGCUUCGUACUCUGGAUGUGUGUGCUCAGCCAGGAGCCCAGCUCCAAGGUGACGGCCGACCGCUACGCCGUCUACUGGAACCGCACAAAUCCCAGGUUCCACCGUGGUGAUUUCCACAUUGAUGUUUGUAUAAACGACUACCUGGACGUGUACUGCCCGCACUACGAGGACUCGGUGCCUGAGGAGAGGACCGAGCGCUACGUUCUCUACAUGGUGAACUACGACGGCUACAGCACGUGUGACGACACAGCCAAGGGCUUCAAGCGAUGGGAGUGUAACAGGCCACACUCACCCAACGGGCCCCUGAAGUUCUCCGAAAAGUUCCAGCUGUUCACGCCCUUCUCGCUGGGGUUCGAGUUCCGGCCGGGUCGAGAAUACUACUACAUAUCAUCUAUGGUUACCGAGACCGGGAGGAAAGGAUGUCUCAAACUUAAAGUCUUCGUCAGACCAGCAAACAGCUGUGUGAAAAUCAUAGGCGUUCACGAUCGAGUUUUUGAUGUUAAUGACAAAGUAGACAAUUCAUUAGAACCAAGAGACGACACCAGUCAUGAAUCAGCUGAACCCUCUCGAAGCGACGCAACAAAUUCAGGGCAGCGACCCCUGAUGACCCACCCACUGGCGUAUCUUCUACUGUUCUGCAUCUCUGCACUCCGUACCUUAUAGCCCUCCACGCCUUUCCAGAAAGCCCUAACAGCCCCGUCGACCCCUUUCCCGAGAGGCCAGAAGCCUUGUACAGGCGAGCGCUGAGCCCUGCGCCACAGGAGGCCUCACAGACUCUCCGAGAGCACUACUUUCGGCCCGGCCCUGUUAUUGUUUUGCUUAAAUAUUUAAGUCCUUUAUAUAAAGAAGAAGAAAUGAUUAGUAGUGUGGGGGAGAAAAAAAAGCAGCUCCGGCUUUUAGCAAAUCAGCGGUUAAGCCCAAUCACGGAGACGUCUGGUGACAGGAGACCCGUCCGGAAGAGUUUUAAAGGACUUUAAAAGGUUUUAGGUGCUUUAACAAAAAUUAAACAUGUGCCCUGGUACAGAUGUAGACAAACGUAAA